CGUCAACUAAGUCUGCUGUUUGCUGGCUUGUUCAGUCGGUUCCCCUUGCUCCCCUGCUUUCAGCUUCUCGAGACCCUUUCGUCUGAAUCCUGUGAUCUUCCAUCUCUCACUGUUUGGGAUUUUCUGCCACCAGCAGACUGCGAACUCCAGUGAUGUGUCUGUGAAAUGAGUUAGAAGAGAAACUGAUCCGUGCGAAAAGGAUAAAGAACCCCAGAGCUUGAUUUGGGGUUAUCGGCAGCUUCCACUUCUUUUCUACAGCGAUAUUUUACGAUCCAGGCAUCUUGGGCCUAGCGUCUGCGCUAGAGGUGCUUCAGGGGUGCUUUUGAUGCCCUGAGAUCAUGAACUCCUCUGGGAAUGAUAACUGGCAUCCUGGUGGACCGCCUUCACACCCUGGCAUGGAUCAAAUGAACCAACAACCUCGUCCGCUGGGCUCUUUCGGUCAAAACCCACCCCCUCAACAGGGACCGUCUUCCCAACCUGCAGGGCCUGUCCUCCCCCCUCCAUCCGCGCCCUACCAUCCUCAAAGCCAACCGGGCGGGCACUCACUGCCGGGGUUGGCCGAGCUGAGCCAGAGCCACGGCGGUCCACAUCAACCGCCUGCGUAUGGCCAACACCCACCUGCACCCUCACAUGGCGCCGGACACUCGCUCCCAGGUAUUGGACAGGCCAUGCAACACCCUUCCCCCCAGUCCAUCAACCAAGAACGAGAACGGGACUCUCGGGAGCGGGAAUUGAUCGAAAGGCAGCGCCAGGAAGAAAUGGUCCACAGAGAACGCGAGCAGAUUGAACGCCAACAGCUAGAGCGACAACGGGAUCAGCAGCAUCACCCUGUUCAGAGCCAUACCGGGUCAAUCCCUCUGCACCAGCCUGUGGCGUCCAAAGUCCCAAAUUCGAUCCACGGCCCCAAUGGUCUUUUGUCUAAUUUAGGUUCAAACCCCCCCAAUGGCCCUCAGGGCUCUAUUCAAGCCUCCGGAGGGCCCGGUGGAAUUUACGGGUCGCAGAUGCAGCACGGGGAAGGCACUAGGUCGUAUAUGCAGCACCCUACGGGCCCCCCGGGACAGCCGUUAAUGGCGUUUAACGGGUCUGGGCCUCCAAUUCCAGGAAAUGUCGCUGCUCUUGCACAGGGCCAGCAACCUAUCCUGAACGAUGCGCUCUCCUACCUCGACCAAGUCAAGGUCCGCUUCGUCGAUCAACCUGAUGUGUACAACCGUUUCCUUGAUAUAAUGAAAGAUUUCAAGAGCCAAGCCAUCGACACUCCCGGGGUAAUCCAACGCGUUUCAACUCUUUUCAACGGGCACCCUGCUCUCAUUCAGGGCUUCAACACUUUCCUUCCUCCCGGUUAUCGGAUUGAGUGCGGAACCGAGGAUAAUCCAGACGCAAUUCGAGUGACCACUCCUUCUGGUACAAACACCCUCAGUAUGCCCCGUGCGAGACACACCCUGGAUGGCCCAGGUGACCUGCCCCCCUCUGGCGGUUUGGGUCCUCAUGGUAGACCCGAUUACUAUGAGCAGUCUCGGCCAGGUUGGCAGCAGCAGCAGCCCCAGCCUCAGCAAGCGCAAGGUGGUCUCGCAGGAUCUUACUCCCCUGGGUCCCGUAUGAUGGGUCCUGGAUUGUAUGGGCAGCAAGGCGGGCAAGGACAAUCACAAGACCUCCACUAUGAAUUCCCGGGCCAGCAAGACCAACAGGCUUCAGCGAGUGCAGCUGCGAUGGCCCAUCAGCAAGACCAACGCGGAGUGUCACAACUCCAGGGUGCUGCCUCCGCUGCAUCAGCUAGCUUAGGGCGGCCGUCUUUAAUGCAAGUCUCGCCUGCGUCCGGCCAGGGACCUAACCUGACUCAACCCAUGAGCAGCUUAGCUGGCAUAGGUUCUGGUAUGCUUCAGGGUACCCAGGCAGAUCUGAACAAGCGUGGACCUGUGGAAUUCAACCACGCAAUUAGCUAUGUGAAUAAAAUCAAGAAUCGCUUUGCAAGUGCACCUGAGAUUUACAAACAGUUCCUCGAGAUACUGCAAACCUACCAGCGUGAAUCUAAACCAAUCCAGGAUGUAUACGCCCAGGUUACCCAACUAUUCAACACUGCACCGGAUCUGUUAGAGGAUUUCAAGCAAUUCCUUCCUGAGUCAGCAGCUCAUGCGAAGCAGCAGGCUGCUGCCCGUCAGGCAGAAGAAGCUGCUCCCAUGAGUAACGUUCGUGGAGAGCCAAACUUCCCCCCCGGAUCGCUACCCGCACAGACUCCGAACCGCGACGUCAAGAUGCCACCUCUAGGGCAGUUCAAUGUUAAAGAUUCAGGAAAAGAUGGGAAGAAGCGUAGGGGUGGCCCUGGGGCUCCAUCGGCUUUAGGACCAGCAUCCGCUGGCCCUGCUGGUAGUAUUGAUGCUAUGCGAAUGGCCGAUGCUCGAGCAGGACCGGCUCAGGCCAUCCAAGCGGGAAGUGCGAAUAAGAGGGCCAAGGUCCACCAUACAAAGCCAUCACAGGCAGAUGUCCCAAUCGUCUCGCCUACUCUAGUCCCUGCUUUGCCGGAACCCAUUCAGCCAACUUUCUCCUUGACUCCGACCCAAGAAGAGUUUGCCUUUUUCGACCGCGUUAAAAAAUAUAUCGGAAAUAAACAGACAUUUAGCGAAUUCCUCAAGCUCUGCAAUCUUUAUUCGACCGAUCUGAUUGAUAGACACGUUCUGGUUAAGCGAGCUGCCGGGUAUAUUGGCUCCAAUCCGGAGCUCAUGGCUUGGUUCAAGCGUUUCAUGCAUGUUGAGGAGCCUGAGGAUAAGAUCAUCGAGGUCAAACCAAAGCACGAGCCUGGAAUCGUCAAUCUCUCGCAUUGCCGCUCUCUCGGGCCUAGCUACCGUCUACUUCCCAAGCGUGAGCGACAGAAGCCAUGCAGUGGCCGUGACCAACUGUGUUACAGCGUCCUCAACGAUGAGUGGGCUUCUCAUCCUACAUGGGCGUCCGAGGAUUCUGGUUUCGUCGCCCACAGAAAGAACCAAUAUGAAGAUGCCUUGCACCGUAUUGAAGAGGAUAGACAUGAUUACGAUCACCACAUUGAAGCUUGCACCCGCACGAUUCAGCUUAUUGAGCCUAUCGUUCAGCAGUUCCUUGUUAUGUCUGAAGCCGAGAGAGCUGCAUUUAAGCUUCCUCCCGGCCUUGGCGGCCAGAGCGAAGCAAUCUAUCAACGUGUUAUCAAGAAGAUAUACGAUAGACAGCGUGGAGAGAAAAUCAUCAAAGAGAUGUUUGAGCGGCCAUGCCAUGUCCUUCCCAUCGUGCUAUUCCGCCUGAAGCAAAAAUGUGAGGAAUGGAAAGCCAGCCAGCGUGAAUGGGACAAGAUCUGGCGCGAGCAAAUGCAAAAGGCCUACUGGCGCAGCCUGGACCACCAAGCAAUUGCAAGCAAAGGCAGCGAUAAGAAGCUCUUCGUCGCGAAGCAUAUUCAGAAUGAGAUCCAGAGCAAAUUUGAAGAGAGUAGGAAUCUACGCAAGAGCGGAUUCCAGGUCCUUAAGCACCAGUUUGAGUUUACGUUCACAGACCCGGCUGUCCUCAUUGACGCAACUCACUUGCUUUUGACCUUCAUUGACCGCAACUCUGCGGGCUUCGGCGCGGACCCACAGAAGGUUAUGAUGUUCAUUAAAGACUUCAUCCCAAUGUUCUUCAGUAUGGAUCGGGACACUUUCCACGUGUAUAUGAAUGAGCUCUCUAGUGGCGCUUCCCCCAUCGACGACGGUGAUGAUGAGAGUCUAGUUGCAGAAGACACCGCAACCCCGCGAAGCAGCAGGAAGGUUAUCACCGGCAAGAAAAUGGAUCUUCUGCGGGAUGUCCUUGAGCGUCGCAGCGAGAAAGCUAACCGAACAGACAAAGAAGGUAGCACUCCUGCCAGUCGGGGUGGUACUCCGGAUGCCGUUCUCAUUCCCUCCACCCCAAUCCCUGACCCUACCGAGACCUUUGACGUUGCAGAGUUGAAGUGGAUGGAACAUCCUGGACAAGGCAACUUCAACCAACAGCGCGAGUACAACCUCAACGAAUCUUACGAGAAGAAGGCACACCAUCUCUAUGCCAAUUUGAAUAUCUACUGCUUUUUCCGCACGUUUGAGAUUCUUUACUCGCGUCUCCUUCGCAUUAAAUUGCACGAGAAGGAUGCACACGCAGAUGUACGUCGUGCGCUUAUGGUCAAACCUGCGCAGGAACUCCAUCUCCUCGAUAAAGUUCCCACCGACUUUUUCUACGACUGCGACCCUAAGGCCAAUCUCUACCAGCAGGUCGUACGGAUGUGCGAAGAGAUCAUCAAGGGAGAUAUGGAGACAUCCCAUUUGGAGGAAACUCUUCGACGUUACUAUCUGCGAUCGGGAUACCAGCUGUAUAACUUGGAGAAGAUGUUUACCGGCAUCGCCAAGUUCGCGGGUGCGAUCUUCAACGGGGACUCAAAGGACCGCAGCUCCGAUAUUAUAAACCUUUUCUUUAAGGAGCGCGAUAAGGAGGAAACUACGCACAACCAGGAGAUCCAGUACCGCAAACAGGUUGAAAGGCUUGUCAAGGACAGUGAUAUUUAUCGCAUUACCUACUACCCAAGCACCAAGAAAACUUCUGUCCAACUCCUCACGGCUGAAGAUGCCACAUUGGAAAACGAAGAAUUGAGCCAGGAGGCGCGUUGGUCGUACUAUGUCUCUGCGUACACAAUGCGUGAUCCUACGGAAGGCGUGCCGUUCUCGCAGAUGCGGAUCCCCUUCCUGAAGCGAAACCUUCCCAGCAAGCUCGAACAGGAAGAGGAGUACAACCGGUUCUAUCGCCCGCUUGUCCACCAGGACGGACUCAUCAUCCGUAUCUGUGCCAACAGCUACCAUAUCCUGUACGAACCUAGCAGCUACGACUGGUGGUGGCGUCCAACCCUACCUUCAGAUGAGACCAGCGAGGAGACCACUAAAGAGGAAGCUGCUAUGAAGGAACGCCGGCGCGAUCGGUUUACGGAGAAGUUUGUCAACAACCCUAGCUGGGCGCACGGUCUUAGCAAAGACCAAGUUGACGAGUCGAACCAGCGCUUCCGAUCGUGGAUCAAGGGAUCUGAAGGUGAACAUGAACCAAGUGCCGCCAGCGGUUCGGGAUCUGAUAAACAGAGCCCGACGGAGGACACGGAGAUGCCUGACGCGGAGAAGACAACCUGACACCCAGGAUUCCUCAAAAACAGACGCGGUUCAACAUCUCCCGAACCUAUGUAAUGUCGACCGUUCGCCUUUAUCGCGGGUGAAUGUGGACUUGGAGCUUUUGGGGCGAGUUGGAAGAGUUCCUCGGUUAUGGUUAUCAUUGGUGAAAAAAAAAAAAAUCUACAUUUUCUUCCUGUCCAUCGAUUCUGUGUUGAAACUUCAUUUCCCUGUGUUUUUUUUUUUUUUUUUUGUUUUUUUUUUUUU